GGGGUCUGUGUUGGUUCUCGUAAACGUAGAGAAUUACAACUUACAUGAGCCUAUCUCGCCUUCGGUGGUCAAAAAUGGCGGAGGAGAUCAGAAACGCCGAGAUGCGAUCUUCUCCUGCGUCCACGACGAAAUCAUGGUCUUUGUGGCCCUCUGUUCUUCGUUGGAUUCCCUCCUCAACUGAUCACAUCCUUGCCGCCGAGAAGCGUCUUCUCUCUCUCGUCAAGACCCCGUAUGUUCAAGAAAAGGUUAAUAUUGGUUCUGGCCCACCCGGGUCGAAGGUCAGGUGGUUUCGUUCUAAAAGCGAUGAACCGAGGUUUAUCAACACAGUCACAUUUGAUGCCAAGGAUAAUUCUCCCACUCUCGUGAUGGUUCAUGGUUAUGGUGCUUCUCAAGGUUUCUUCUUCAGGAAUUUUGAUGCACUUGCUAAUCGUUUUAGGGUCAUCGCCAUUGAUCAGCUUGGCUGGGGUGGAUCAAGCAGGCCUGACUUCACAUGUAAAAGCACUGAAGAAACUGAGGCAUGGUUCAUUGAUUCGUUUGAGGAAUGGCGAAAAGCCAAAAACCUUAGCAACUUUAUAUUGCUUGGACAUUCAUUUGGAGGGUAUGUUGCAGCUAAAUAUGCUCUGAAGCAUCCCGAUCAUGUUCAGCACUUGAUUUUAGUUGGACCUGUUGGAUUUUCAUCAGAGUCAGAUGCCUCUGAGUCGCUUAUCCGGUUCAGAGCGACAUGGAAAGGAGCAAUUCUGAAUCAUUUGUGGGAGUCUAAUUUUACUCCUCAGAAAAUCAUCCGAGGUAUAGGCCCUUGGGGUCCAAAUCUUGUUCAAAAGUACACGAGUGCUAGAUUCGGUACUUACACAACUGGAGACACACUGACUGACGAGGAGUCCAAAUUGCUUACAGAUUAUGUUUACCAUACUUUGGCGGCAAAAGCAAGUGGAGAAUUGUGCCUAAAAUAUAUAUUUUCCUUUGGAGCCUUUGCUCGGAUGCCCCUCAUACACAGUGCAUCAGAAUGGAAAGUGCCAACCACUUUUAUUUAUGGCCAUCAAGAUUGGGUGAGCUAUGAAGGGGCUCAAGAAGCUCGCAAGCGUAUGAAGGUCCCUUGUGAAAUCAUUCGGGUUCCUCAGGCUGGGCACUUUGCGUUUAUAGAUAACGCAAAUGGUUUCCAUUCAGCUGUUCUUUAUGCCUGUCGCAGAUAUCUUUCACCCGACCCAGAUGCUGAAUUAUUGCCGGAAGGUUUGACAUCUGCCUAGAGAAGACAACGUUGUAAUAUUGUUCAUGUGUAUAAUAGAUAUAAACUGCCAUCAUUGUUACAUGUAGAACAUUCACAUUUCAUUUAUCAUAUCUAUUUCAAUUCAUUUUAAGUGUAUCUUUAUCAUUUAUGAUAAUCUUGUGGAAGAUAUCUGCCUACGGGUAGUGUAUGGUUUUGUACCUAAAAAGAAUAAUUAAAUGAAUGAGUCAUGUUUAUUUUACUGC